AUGGCGUUGUCAUCGUUCAUUUCUGCGCUCAAUUCGCAGGCCAUCGCACAUCCGUUUCAUGCACUUGGAGUCCUUGCGCUGUUGAUUCCCGGGAUUUAUGUCAUCGCCAAUGAAUUCGUCCGAGCGGCUGCUCGUGUUCCCGGCUUCAAGGGACCAAAGGGCUUUCCCCUGAUCGGAAACCUGGCUCAGAUUCGAGUGAAUGCCGCCGAGCAGUACCGCAGGUGGUCCAAGAAAUAUGGGCCAGUCUACCAGAUUCAACUCGGCAACAUUCCCGUUAUCGUCGUGAACUCGGCAGCGGCGGCCAAAGUCCUAUUCGGUCAAAAUGCACAGGCUCUGAGUUCUCGCCCGGAGUUCUAUACGUUCCACAAGGUCGUAUCAAAUACCGCUGGAACAACUAUUGGAACAUCUCCGUUUAGUGAGUCCCUCAAACGACGUAGAAAGGGUGCAGCUUCUGCUCUGAAUCGACCCUCCGUCCAAACCUAUGUCAGCCAUCUCGACCUCGAAUCUAAGGAUUUCGUCGCCGAGCUUAUGAAGUAUGGAAAGGCUGGGCGGGCUGCUGUGGACCCUAUGCCCAUGAUCCAACGACUCAGUCUGAGUUUGGCUCUUACACUGAACUGGGGAGUCCGCAUGGCUUCUCAAGAGGAAGAGCUCUUUGCCGAAAUCACCCAUGUUGAGGAUGAGAUAAGUCGCUUCCGAAGCACGACUGGCAACUUGCAAGAUUAUAUUCCACUUCUUCGUUUGAAUCCUUUCAGUGUUGGCUCCAAGAAGGCUGCCGAAAUGCGCGACCGUCGCGACAAGUAUUUGAACUAUCUAAAUCGUGGGUUGGAGGAGAGAAUGGCUAAAAACGAACACAAGCCGUGCAUCCAAGCGAAUGUUAUGCUCGAUAAGGAGGCUAGACUCAACAAUGUUGAACUCACAUCCAUCAGUUUGACUAUGCUGUCGGGCGGUCUGGAUACUAUCACAACUCUGGUAGCUUGGAGUAUCGGUAUGCUUGCUGAACGACCUGACAUCCAAGAUAAAGCCGCAGCAGCUAUUAAGCAAUAUCACUCGAUUGAUAAGCCGCUCUGUGAUCCCACCGAUGAUCAGAGCUGUGAGUAUAUCGUGGCGCUUGUCAGAGAAUGCUUGAGAUAUUACACUGUUCUUCGUCUAGCAUUGCCACGAACAUCCAUCAAGGACAUUACCUACCAAGGAAAAGUUAUUCCCAAAGGCAGCGUCUUCUUCCUCAAUGCCUGGGCUUGUAACAUGGAUCCUGAAGUAUGGUCAGAUCCCGAAAUUUUCAGACCCGAACGUUGGUUGGAACAACCCGAUGCUCCAAUGUUCACCUAUGGGGUUGGCUACCGUAUGUGUGCUGGCUCCCUCCUGGCCAACCGGGAACUUUACCUCGUGUUCCUUCGCAUGUUGAACUGUUUCCGCAUCGAACCAGAGGGCAGGAUUGAGUGGGACCCAAUCAAGGGCAACUCAGACCCAACCAGCUUGGUUGCCAUCCCCAAGAAAUACAGCGUCAGGUUUGUCCCGAAGAAAGAAAAACUCUUGACCGAAGCUCUUGAAAAUUUCAUCCCCUUGGCGGCAUAA